GACCCUCCCGCAGACAUGUCCGAGGACCAAGAACCCCGAGUAUGCUUCGUUCUUCGCCGUCAUGGGCGCCUCGUCCGCCAUGAUCUUCAGCGCCCUGGGUGCCGCCUAUGGCACGGCCAAGAGUGGCACCGGCAUCGCUGCCAUGUCAGUCAUGAGGCCGGAGCUGAUCAUGAAGUCCAUCAUCCCAGUGGUCAUGGCUGGGAUCAUCGCCAUCUAUGGUCUAGUGGUGGCAGUCCUCAUCGCCAACUCCCUGAAUGAUGGCAUCAGCCUCUACAGGAGUUUCCUCCAGCUGGGUGCAGGCCUGAGUGUGGGCCUGAGUGGCCUGGCAGCUGGCUUUGCCAUUGGCAUUGUGGGGGACGCUGGUGUUCGGGGCACUGAUCCUGAUCAGUUUGUGGGCAUGAUCCUGAUCCUCAUCUUCGCUGAGGUGCUUGGCCUCUACGGUCUCAUCGUGGCCCUCAUCCUCUCCACAAAGUAGCCCCUCUCAAGCCCACCAGCCACAGAACACGAUGUAAAGACCACCCCUCCUCAUUCCAGAACGAACAGCCUGACACACAUGCACGGGCAGCCGCCCCCCUCCGUAGUUGGUCUUGUAAAUGCGCAGUGUCCUAGUGCCCAUCGUCUGUUGCCCCGCCUGGCCCCUUCCGCCCCGUGCUGUGGACAUCGGGCCCACUCAUCUCCCAUCCAGGCCCCUGACCAGUGAGGAUACAGCCUCCGGCCCCCGCCCACCGCCCUAGAGUGCUCUGUGUAUAAGGAUGAAUUAGAGUUGUCGUUUUUCUCUUCACUCGAUGUUUAUUUAUAAAAGAUCUGACCUGUUCAUGCGUCUGUGGAGCAGCCCUCGUCUCCCCCUAUAGUACCCUUUAGGUAGAGUGUUGCCUUGUGGGGUUCCC